AUGAGUGCAGAUUCAGUUUUGGCUCUUCAUAGCCAAUCCACCAUCGUUGACUAUAGUGUCCCUGUGGAGCACCUGGACUAUAAUUACAUUGAAAAAUGCAAAAAUGUGAAAUACCUGGAGAAGAUUCUGAAAGUGCUGAGGUCUGGUCACGAGGGCAUUUAUCCUCACCUGAUUGAGUUCUGUGAGAGUCACUUGGAGAAACUGCACCCUAGGAGCCCAGCCCUCAGGAAGGAAAACUUAGUCGCAACAGCAGCCAGCCUCUCAAAAGAUGAGUGGAACCUAAUUGCUGAGGAGUUGAAGACAUGGCAAGAAGAAACCAAAAAGACUGAAACUUCACCGAAACAACAGACAGUGUUUGAUGAUCUGGUGAAAAAAAAUAUUCCACCAAUAAGAGGUUCUCAUUGCUCCAUUCUACUUACUGAGACUUUAAAUGCCCAGGAAAAGAAGAAUCCUAAAAAAUGCACUCCUCAACGUGAUUAUCGAGAAUGGGACAUCUUUGAUGUGGAAAGAGAAUGUGAAAGGAUUGAUGGGAAUGUAGUCAACAACAACAAUCCUCCAGCCAUUAUAACCAAAGGACAUUCUAAACUCAAGACAAAAGUGGAUGCAUCAUGUCUGACCAAACAGGAGAAGCUCCUCCUGGCAAAUCGUGAAAAGGACAAAGGCAACGAAGCUUUCAGAGUCAAAGAUUAUGUGGAGGCAGUUUUGUACUAUUCCAGGAGCCUUUCCAUUUUACCAACUGUGGCUGCAUACAACAACAAAGCCCAGGCCGAGAUCAAUCUCAAGCACUGGUACGACGCAAUGUCCGACUGCCAGCGUGUUCUGGAGCUGGAACCAGGCAAUGUGAAAGCCCUGCUACGUCGUGCCACUGUGCACAAGCACAUGGGUCAAUUUGAAUUGGCUGUCGAAGACCUGAGGAUAGUUCUUAUGGAGGAGCCUCACAACGUAACAGCCAAAAAACUUCUUUCUGAAACGGAGAAGCUGAAGGAAAGUCAACCAGAGCAUCAGAGAAAAGGCAAACAAAUCCUCAUCCAAGAGGAAGAGGAGGAAUAUGACAACAGCAACGAUGACACAAAAGCAGAAGCUUCUCUGGUUGAACCCAGCCAGCCUGUGGGAGGGGAGAGCUCUGCUUCUCCUGUCGAGAGGGGAGACAUGGGUAACGCUCAGAAGAAGCCCCACAGCAGAGGGGACGGGGGUCCACACAGUGAGUCCAGCAACUCUAACACAGGACACCGGAGGAGCAAAGGAGGCAGCUCAGACAAGUACAAAGUCCCACAGGAGUCCAAGGUAGCCAAUGGAACAGGCAAGAGGGGCUCAACAGCCUCAGUCCAGACUGACCAGGGCAGCAGCGGAAAGGGGACUCCAGUUGGAGGAACAGCAAGGGAAACUAUCAACCUAGAUGCCCCGUGUGGAGCCCUGCCCCCAACCCUGUCCCGGCUAAAAAACGAAGGAAACCUGCUGUUUAAAAAUGGACAGUUUUCCGAUGCACUGGAUAAAUACUCACAAGCCAUCCAGGGCUAUUCUGAUUCAGGGAUUGACAGUCCAGAGGAUCUAUGUAUUCUGUAUUCUAACAGAGCAGCUUGUUACUUGAAAGAUGGCAACAGUCAGGAAUGCAUACAGGACUGCACAAGAGCUCUGGAGCUGCAGCCAUUCUUCCUAAAGCCCCUCCUCCGCCGGGCCAUGGCUUAUGAGUCCUUGGAGCGCUACCGAACGGCCUAUGUGGAUUACAAGACUGUCCUGCAGAUAGACAUCAGUGUGCAGGCAGCACAUGACAGCGCCAACAGGAUCACCAGGCUACUAAUUGAUCAGGACGGUCCAGAGUGGAGGGAGAAACUUUCGGAGAUUCCCCUGGUGCCUCUGUCGGCUCAGCACCACCGCAGAGAAGAGCCACCCAGUGCAGAGGUCCUCCAGGCCAGGGCAGACAAGGCUGCCAGGGACACAGAGAGGAAAGCAGAAGUUCGUUUCACAGUGUUGAAGCAAGAAGGGAAUGAUUUUGUGAAGAAGGGCCAAUACCAGGACGCACUUGGAAAGUACAGUGAAUGCCUUAAACUUAAGCCAGAGGAGUGUGCAGUCUACACCAACAGAGCCCUUUGCUACUUGAAGCUAGAGAGGUUUACUGAAGCCAAGCAGGACUGUGACACAGCACUGAAACUAGAGCCGACCAAUAAGAAAGCCUUCUACAGAAGAGCCCUGGCCAAUAAAGGCCUUAAGGACUACCUUGCAUGCACCUCUGACCUGCAGGAGGUGCUGCAGCAGGACCCCAACCUGCAGGAGGCUGAGAGGGAGCUGGAGGAAGUCACAGUCCUGCUCAGACAGAGUCUGGCCCUCGACUCACAAGCCAAGUCCAGAAAGACUGUCCCCAUUACAGAGGUUGAAGGUGAUGAGGAAGUGACAGCCAUUCCUACCUCGGAGAGCAGCUGCAGAGGAGAAGACCUCAUCAUCAACAUUCAUCCAACAAACGUCUACGAGUUCGGCCAGGCUCUGAAUGCAGCUCGCUGUAGCAGUAAUACUGCAGCCUGUGCUGACCUGCUGGCCUCCACAGUCCCGCAGAUGCUUCCACAGUACCUGAGCAGCCAGCUGGACGGACGCACCAUCACCUUCAUCGUACAGGUGCUGGACUCCCACCUCCUGGAGAAAGACCCCAAUCUGGUCUUCCAACACCUCAACCAUCUGCACACAACGGACAGGUUCUCGAUUGUGCUGAUGCUGCUGGAAAAGGAUGAACGUCACCACAUCACCCAUCUGUUCGAGCAUCUGUCGGCUAUCGAGAGCACAGAGUUCACUAAGAACGAUGUUCAGAACUUAGCCAACAAAUAUAUCUGACCCUCCUGCCCCUGCUGCAUGAGCUGCUGCACCACUACAAUUCUAUGAUCUAUGUAAACCACUGCACAAGAACUGAGUAAACAAGGGCAGGAAGCUGUAGAAUGUUUCCCCAGAGCAAUUCAAUGGCACUGGGUCACAUUCACUCCACUGAUCUGUACUGUAAAUGAUCACCAUAUGUUUAAAUGACAGGAUAAGGAAUUGUUCUCUCUGGAAACGUUUUGCUAUGCAGAUUUACUUUUGUACCAGCACUUAUGACUCGCAUUGUACCACAGGCAGACAUCAGGAUACUUUGGACCUUUGACUUGGGGUCCAUUGACAAAGUUAUGUAACGCUACAAGCUGUAGCUUUUGCUCAGGACAAGCUCAUAUUUCCAGAACUGUGCUUAGCUGUGAGCUGGUCCUUGAACCCUGUCGGUCUUCUGAUUUGAUAACUGAGCUGCUGCCACUAACCUAGAUCAGAAAGUUUCAGAAAUACCAAGCAAAUGAACAAGUGAGGAAAUUUGCUACUGAGGUGGUUAGGUAGAUGUUCUACGCAGAAGGACAAAACCUUAAGAUAGAGAAAUGUGAUUAUGACCGUAUGUAUUGUAUUUUCUUUGAGGAAGAAAUAGUCUUGUAUGUCAUCUUACUGCUGUUCUGCGCGGUAUGGUAACAUGAUCUCUUUGACAGGUACCUACUGACAGCGCUGUGUGAGCAAAUACAGUUUGUAACCUUACAUGACCCAGAUGCUCUCUUUGGUUUAUUCAGCUAUGUAGUCAGCAUCUCUGGGCUCUGAUGAAAAAUUUCAUUUAAAAGACAACAACAGUCAUUCAUGCUGUUUGUUACCAAAUUAGCCUGUCAGGCAAUGCAUAUCUGCACACUCAUUUUCACAGCAGCUCAGCCAUGCAGAAGUGCACGCACUGGAGAGAAGCAGCAUCUUAAUGAGAUGCGUGCCUUGGAUUUCACACUGUGGGUUGUGAGUGUGCAAAUAUUCCCUAUAAGAGUGUCAUUCAAUAAGUUAUCAAAUGGAUUUGCAUCAGAAAUUACUCAUAUUUACUAACAUGAAUGCAUUUGUUUAAAAUGUGUCAUUUGCUCUUUUUAAGCCACUCUUUCCAUCCAUGUUAUUGACAACUGUUCAAUAAUUGAGUCAUUCAAAAUUGAUGACUGCCUAAGUUUUGUUUUCAAUUGUCUAUCUGCUCUACAUUAUUGUACCAAAUGUAUUUCAUGCUGAUCAGUCAGUGGGCAACAGGCAAUAAUCACACAUUCCACUUUCUCCUCAUUGUGGUUUUAAAUGAUAUUUUAGUGAUGUAAAAAUGUGUACAAUAAUAACAGAGGGCUAUUCAAUAAACUGGAAACAGAUUUUCUUUC